GGGGCAUGGGCUAAUGGGUUCCCUGCAUUUUAAAAGCGAACAUCAAGGUGGAGUCAGUCAAAAUGCAAGUGCCAAGCCAAGGACUUAGGAGUAGGACCCGAGAGCGCUGAGCUCAGAAGAUGACACGCAUUCAAUAACAAUACUACCUGCCCAGGCCUUUUCAAAAUUUUUAAAAGAAAAAAAACCUUCCUAAUUUUAUCAGUUUUCCGGUUUCCAUAAAAGGAAAGCAAACUGCAAACAUAAACCCGCCAUCUCCCAACAAAUGCAAUGCGUCCCGCCACUCAGUCGGGCUCAGCUCCACCUGAAGAUGAACCUUACAACAUAAUCCCCCUCCACAACCUCCUCUUCAACCACCCUUCCCUCCGUUUCCCCGAAGUACGUGCCGCUAUUGCUGCUCUACGCACCGUCGGAAAUCUAAGAAUGCCACCUCAGGCUCAACUGCCAACUAUGGACCUCCUAGACUGGCUGGCUCUCUUCUUUGGUUUCCAACGCGACAACGUCAAGAACCAGAGGGAACAUCUGAUCCUCCACCUCGCCAAUGCGCAGAUGCGCCUCUCCCCUCCUCCCGACAACAUUGACGUCCUCGACGUUGGCGUCCUCCGUACUUUCCUCCGAAAACUCCUCAAAAACUACACUAACUGGUGCUCUUAUUUGGGCAAGAAAUCCAACAUAUGGUUCAGCCGCAGCUCUCACUCUGAUCACCGCCAUGACUUACUUUACGUCGGCCUUUAUUUGCUGAUCUGGGGUGAAUCUGCGAAUCUCCGUUUUAUGCCUGAAUGCAUUUGCUAUAUCUUCCAUAACAUGGCCAUGGAAUUAAACAGGAUUCUCGAAGAUUAUAUCGACCAGAACACCGGUCAGCCUGCUAUGCCUUCGACAUUGGGAGAAAACGGGUUUUUGAACUGUGUUGUGAAGCCGAUAUACGAGACAGUAAAGAUGGAAGUUGAGUGUAGCAAGAACGGAACGGCACCGCAUCAUGCUUGGAGGAAUUAUGAUGAUUUGAAUGAGUACUUUUGGGGUCGGAGAUGUUUUCAUAAACUCAAGUGGCCGAUUGACGCGGGGUGUAAAUUUUUUGUUACUUCCAGUAAGAGAAAACGUGUUGGGAAAACUGGGUUCGUGGAGCGAAGGUCGUUUUUCAAUAUUUACAGGAGUUUUGAUAGGCUUUGGGUGAUGCUAUUUUUGUUUCUUCAGGCGGCGAUUCUUGUGGCUUGGGAAGGGGAGGAGUAUCCGUGGCAGGCAUUGAAAGUUAGGGAUGUUCAGGUUAGGAUUUUGACAGUGUUUGUUACCUGGAGUGGGUUGAGGUUUCUGCAGGCUUUAUUAGAUGCAGGGAUGCAGUGUCGCCGUGUUUCUUUUGCAAAACUGGGGCUUGGCCUUAGGAUGCUGUUAAAGGUGGUGGUAGCUUUGGCCUGGAUCAUGCUUUUCGCAGUUCUUUAUAGAAGGAUCUGGGUGCAGAGAAACAAAGAUAAAACGUGGAGCGAGGAGGCUAAUAGGCGGGUGUUCCUUUGUCUACAAGUUGCAUUUGUUUUUGUGUUACCGGAGGUACUAGCGUUGGCUUUGUUUGUGCUUCCUUGGAUUAGGAACUUUAUCGAGGAGUCGAAUUGGAUAAUAUGUUAUCUCAUGACUUGGUGGUUUCAGAGUAAGAGUUUUGUUGGUCGGGGACUGAGGGAAGGGCUCUUUGAUAAUGUUAGGUAUACUCUGUUCUGGGCGGUGCUGUUAGCUACAAAAUUUGCCUUUAGUUACUUCUUGCAGAUUGAACCCAUGAUUAAACCGACCAAACAAUUAAUGGACCUUAUGGAGGAGGAAUAUGACUGGGAUGAGCCAUAUCGUGGCCGUAACAAAUUGGCUGUGGGGUUGUUGUGGUUGCCUGUAGUGUUUAUUUACUUGAUGGAUAUCCAGAUAUGGUAUUCAAUUUAUUCCUCCUUUGUGGGAGCAGGAGUGGGGUUAUUCCAGCACUUAGGUGAGAUUAGAAACAUCCAGCAGUUGAGUUUGAGGUUUCAGUUCUUCGCCAGUGCAAUUCAGUUCAAUCUGAUGCCUGAAGAGCAGUUACUGACUGCCAGAGGAUCGUUUAAGGCCAAGAUUAAAGAUGCUAUUCACCGGUUGAAGCUGAGAUAUGGGUUCGGGAAACCUUAUAAGAAGCUUGAAUCAAACCAGGUUGGGGCUCACAAGUUUGCCUUGAUAUGGAAUGAGAUAAUUACCACUUUCAGGGAAGAAGAUAUUAUCUCUGAUCUAGAAGUUGAGCUGCUAGAGUUGCCCCAUAAUGCUUGGAAUGUCAGGGUUAUCUGCUGGCCAUGUUUUUUGCUAUGCAAUGAGCUGUUGCUUGCUCUCAGCGAGUCAAAAGAGUUGGUCGAUGCUCCUGAUAAGUUGCUUUGGAGUAAAAUAUGCAAGAAUGAAUACAGGCGUUGUGCUGUGAUCGAAGCUUAUGACAGUGUCAAGCACAUGAUGUUUGAAAUCCUCAAUGUCCAGUCUGAGGAGCAUUCCAUCCUCUCUGCUAUGUUUCAAGAAAUUGAUCAUUCUAUUGAGAUCGAGAAGUUCAUCAAGACAUUUAAAAUGACUGUGCUACCACAGAUUCAUAUGAAGCUGAUAAAAAUUGUUCAGAUAUUGACUAAGCCCAAGAAGGAUGUGAACCGGGUGGUCAAUACCUUGCAGGCCCUUUAUGAGAUUGUUGUCCGUGAUUUUAUCAGAGACAAGAGGACAGUUGAACAGCUGAGGGAGGAUGGAUUAGCACCUCGUGAUCCUGCCGUGAUGGCAGGACUGCUAUUUGGGAAUGCUGUUAAGUUGCCAGACCCCAGCAACGAGAAGUUCUAUCGGCAGGCUAGGCGAUUGCUUACAAUUCUUACCUCCAGGGAUUCUGUUCAGAAUAUUCCAGCUAAUAUUGAGGCUAGACGUAGAAUUGCAUUCUUUAGCAAUUCGCUUUUUAUGAAAAUGCCUCAUGCUCCCCAAGUAGAGAAGAUGAUGGCCUUUAGUGUCCUCACCCCUUACUACAAUGAAGAGGUGCUCUAUAACAAAGAACAGCUCGUAACUGAAAACGAAGAUGGGAUUUCCAUCCUAUAUUAUUUGCAGACCAUAUAUGAUGAUGAAUGGAAAAAUUUCAUGGAAAGAAUGCGGCGAGAGGGAAUGGUAAAGGAUGAGGAGAUAUGGACAACCAAGAUGAGAGAUCUAAGGCUUUGGGCAUCUUACAGAGGACAGACACUUUCGCGCACUGUCAGAGGAAUGAUGUAUUAUUUUAGAGCUCUUAAGUUACUGGCUUUCCUUGAUUCUGCAUCAGAGAUGGAUAUUAAAGAAGGGGUACGGGAGCUUGGUUCUAUGGGGAGAGAUGUUGGUUUGGAUAGUUUAAAUCCUGAGAGGUCACCUUCUCCCAGCAGUUUAAGCAGGGCAAGUACAGGUUUCUUAUUCAAAGGCCAUGAGCAGGUAACCUCUUCGAUGAAAUACACGUAUGUGAUUGCCUGCCAGAUUUAUGGGGCUCAGAAGGCCAAGAAGGAUCCACGUGCUGAGGAAAUCCUAUAUCUGAUGAAACACAAUGAAGCCCUUCGAGUUGCCUAUGUUGAUGAAGUUUCCACAGGGAGGGAUGAGAAAGAGUAUUACUCUGUUCUUGUGAAAUACGAUCAGCAAUUACAGAAGGAGGUGGAGAUUUAUCGUGUCAAAUUGCCUGGUCCAUUGAGGCUUGGAGAGGGCAAACCGGAGAAUCAAAACCAUGCCCUUAUCUUCACCCGUGGUGAUGCUGUUCAAACUAUUGAUAUGAACCAAGACAGCUAUUUUGAGGAGGCACUGAAAAUACGCAAUCUCUUGGAGGAAUAUGGGCGAUACUAUGGGAUACGAAAGCCAACAAUCUUGGGUGUCAGGGAACAUAUUUUUACCGGAUCUGUUUCAUCACUUGCUUGGUUUAUGUCAGCUCAAGAAACAAGUUUUGUCACUUUGGGACAGCGUGUCUUGGCAAAUCCUCUGAAAAUUCGAAUGCAUUAUGGCCAUCCAGAUAUCUUUGACAGGUUUUGGUUUUUGACUCGUGGUGGGAUCAGUAAAGCUUCCAGAGUAAUUAAUAUUAGUGAGGACAUUUUUGCUGGCUUUAAUUGUACUUUGCGAGGUGGCAAUGUCACACAUCAUGAAUACAUCCAGGUCGGCAAAGGAAGGGAUGUUGGGUUGAAUCAAAUAUCUAUGUUUGAAGCCAAGGUUGCUAGUGGGAAUGGUGAGCAAGUUCUCAGUAGAGAUGUCUAUCGGCUAGGUCAUAGACUGGACUUCUUCCGGAUGUUAUCAUUCUUUUAUACUACAGUAGGCUUUUUCUUCAAUACGAUGAUGGUCGUUCUUACUGUAUAUGUUUUUCUGUGGAGCCGACUUUAUCUAGCUCUUAGCGGUGUUGAGAAGGCUGCCCUGGCUAACAGCAACAAUAAUAAAGCUCUUGGUGCCAUCUUGAAUCAACAAUUUAUCAUCCAACUUGGACUUUUUACUGCCCUUCCAAUGAUAGUGGAGAAUUCCCUUGAACAUGGAUUCCUUCAAGCUAUCUGGGAUUUCUUGACAAUGCAGCUUCAACUUUCAUCCGUUUUCUACACAUUUUCCAUGGGAACCCGCACUCAUUUCUUUGGCCGGACUGUCCUUCAUGGUGGUGCCAAGUACCGGGCAACUGGCCGCGGUUUUGUUGUGCAGCACAAGAGUUUUUCAGAAAAUUACAGGUUGUAUGCUCGCAGCCAUUUUAUAAAGGCUAUUGAGCUUGGUCUAAUACUUACAGUUUAUGCAUCUUACAGUCCUUUAGCUAAGGACACACUUGUUUACAUAGCUAUGACUAUCUCCAGUUGGUUUCUGGUCAUAUCAUGGAUUAUGGCACCCUUUGUAUUCAAUCCUUCUGGUUUUGAUUGGUUAAAGACUGUUUAUGACUUUGAUGAAUUUAUGAACUGGAUAUGGUACGAUGGUAGUCUGUUUGCAAAGGCUGAACAGAGCUGGGAGAGAUGGUGGUAUGAGGAGCAGGAACAUCUAAGGACAACUAGCCCCUGGGGAAAGCGAGUAGAGAUACUUUUAGACCUUCGAUUCUUCUUUUUCCAGUAUGGGAUUGUACACCAUCUAGGUAUUGCUGCUAAUAGUACUAGUUUUGUUGUAUACUUACUGUCUUGGAUAUACAUUUUUGUGGCAUUUGGAAUUUUUCUGCUUAUCUCAUAUGCUCGGGACAAAUAUGCAGCUAAGGAACACAUAUAUUUUCGGCUUGUUCAGUUCCUUGUAACCAUUGUUGGAAUCCUUGUUAUUGUUGUGCUGCUUCAGUUUACGGCAUUUAAAUUUUCUGACGUUUUCACCAGUUUAUUGGCUUUUAUUCCCACUGGCUGGGGACUUCUAUCUAUUGCGCAAGUACUUCGGCCCUUAGUGCAGUCGACCAGGCUUUGGGAUUCAGUGGUUUAUGUGGCUCGGCUAUAUGAUAUACUGUUUGGCGUUAUUGUUAUGGCCCCAGUGGCAUUUUUGUCUUGGAUGCCUGGAUGUCAGUCAAUGCAGACAAGAAUCUUAUUUAAUGAAGCAUUUAGCAGGGGUUUAAGGAUCUUCCAGAUUGUUACCGGGAAAAAAUCCGGGGACAUAUAAUUUGUGGUAAUGUUUUAUUGGAGAUGAGGGGUUUCCAGAGUUUUAGGUGUUUCGUUCUUGUGGCGAGUAGUAAAGUUUUUGCAGCCUUUUUGCUAUUAAAAUUCUACUGUAUGAUUCCUGGCCAUGCAUUGCCUUUGUAGAAGGAAUCUUAAGAGUCUGAAAUGAAAUAGUGUGGCUUUGCAUAAUAAUGCAAUUGUCUUUCAAGUUUACCAGGCCAUGGGGCUAUUGGGGGAUGGUUGACGAGUUAAAAAGUAAGUUUUGGAAGAAAUUGUGAUGGAUGCUUGUUGAAGUUGCUAUUUCCACUGGAUAUCCUUUAUAAACAAAUGAGCCUGCAGCGAUUUAUUUGAAUUGCUUGUGAAUGGUUUUUAGAUGGAAUUUUGAAGACUCAGUGAUGCUACGAUUGCCGAAUUUGCCGUGUUCAGCAUGAAAUCUUUAUGUUCAAGUUGAUUGGCAACAUUUCUGUUUUGAAAUGUGGUCGCCAUUAGUUCCAUUUUGAACUAGAGUUGCUUCUUAAUUGCCAGCUUCUAGUUCUUCAGUUUUGAAAGGGAGUAUAGCUUUAGUGGUUGUGUUGAUUGUAAGGUGGUAGAAAUUGUUUGUUAUUCUUUUAUCAGAACAAAAAAUGCAGCUAUUUGUUUAUUCAUAUCAUGUUUCAUUUAAGUA